UUAGAGUGGACAGAGUGGAGAGGACGGCUGUGGAGGUCGAGCGGCGGAGCCCCGGCAGUCUGUGAGUAACCAUGCGCCAGACAGGAGGUACCGGCACCAGUAAGGCCUCGGGCGUGUUGCGGCAGUUCGCCGCGGCGACCUCAGCGUCCCUGACAGUGAUGAUCACUGGCUGCUGGCUGGGAUGGCCCUCCCCCUCCAUCCGCAAAUUGGAGUACAACCAGACUGACAUCGUUGUGGACUCCAGCCAAAUAUCCUGGAUAGUGGCGGCUAUGGAUGCUGGCAACGUGGUGAGCCCUAUUCCCUCGGGCUUCAUGAUGGACCUGGUGGGCAGGAAGUUGGUGCUGGUCUUCGCCGGGAUCUUGUUCUUCGCUACGUGGGUUUUGGCGGGUAUAGCGGCGAGCCCGGAACUCCUGUAUCUGGCCAGAUUCCUGGCAGGUUUUGGCAAAGGGAUCACGUUCACAGUGGCUCCCAUGUACCUCGGAGAGAUAGCGAGUGUGCAGAUUCGAGGAGCCCUCAGCACGAUGUUCGCGGGUCUCCUGUGGGCCGGCACGAUGUUCGAGUUCGCGAUCGGGCCCUACGUGUCCUUCAAACUUCUCUCGGUCCUCUCCGGAAUCAUACCCGUGGUGUUCUUCUGUUCUUUCAUCUUCAUGCCGGACUCACCGUACUACCUCUUGAUGCGGAAACGUGAUGAAGACGCCAAGUCCGCUCUGGAAUGGCUGCGGAAAGCGAAACAGUCCAAGAACACCGAAGCAAGCGUCAUCAGUGCUACGGAAAAAGAACUCAAAGAAAUGAAAGCCAGCGUCGAGGAAGAGAUGGCUCAUAAAGGACGGUUCUAUGACCUCCUGUCGACUCCUGGAAACAGGAGAGCGACUCUGAUAGUGAUGGUUAUAUCCGCUUUCCAGAGGCUCUGCGGUAUAAGUCCUUUGCUCGCAUAUUCUUCCACAACUCUUCCUCCCCACGAGGGCAUCAUAGGGCCUGCCGAGAUCAUCAUCGUCUUCGGCUGCAUCCUGACCGUGUCAAACUUCAUAGCCACGCCCCUCGUGGAUCGUCUGGGUCGUCGACCUCUGCUACUGUUCUCGGGCGCCGGCUGCGGCGUGGUCACAGGCAUCUCCGCCAUCUUCUACUACCUGGACCGUGAGACCGAUGUGGACGUGAGCUCCUACAUCUGGGUGCCCUACUUUUGCCUCCUCUGUUUCGGCGUCACUCACUCCAUGGGGAUCGGCGUCAUCCCUCACACACUGAUGGCCGAACUUUUCCCCACUAACGUCAAGAGCUUCGCCGCAGCCAUCGCCUCCAUCAUGUUCGCUCUCAGCUCUUUCCUUGUCAACAAGCUCUACACCACCGUCGAGACCAACAUUGGCGUGUACGCCAACUUCGUCUUCUUCUCCAUCAACGGCCUCUUGUGCACCAUCUUCACGUACUUCUUCAUCUUCGAGACGAAAGGGAGGUCUUUCGGCGAAAUCCAACGUUUCCUGAGAAGGAGUAAUUCCAUUAUCGACGUCAAACCUAUGUAACUCUGUGAUGAGUCACGCUUGUUUAAGCUGACAGGAUUGUGAUGUUCUUAGUUGUUGUCCGGUGAAAUACUCGCACGAAAAGUGUUCGCCUCUUUACAAAGUUACCUACCGUACUUGUUGUACUUACCAUAUUUGUUGUUUAUUUAGUAGAGUAUUUAUAAUAUUAUUUAUAGAGUAAGGUUAAUAUUAUUUAAAUAAUAUUUAUUUAUUUAUUGAAAUCGUUUUGUUAAGUUAUUAUUUAUUACGUGUAAAAUUACAUUCCAAAAUAUUUGCCUACA